AUGAUUGAGAAUUCUGUUGCUGAUCUUCUAUCCCGGUGGGAUUCAGCAAAGACGUAUCUGUUGGAUGCAGAGAAACGAAAGACUGAUAGCUCUUCGUCACGAGAAAGCCUCUCUAUGUCCGCUGCUUUUAGUGAGAUAUCUGCAGUCAUAUAUGAUGCACUCCAUGACGAGACACCUGGAUUACUUGAUUUUAUGCCAUUUCGGGUGCCUUCACUUGAUGAUGCACGGGUACCACCGUCUGAAAGCAGCCGCUUUGACGGUAUAUACGAUUGGGGAGGAGAAUCCGAGACUAUUAGACUGAAAUUUGAAUAUAUCUACGUACAAUUGGUUACCACUCGUUUUCAGCUUGACACAUGCAUAUUCGGACUUCUCUCUAUUCGGCAGUGA